AUGGAGGAGACACGCCGCACGCCGCACGACACUUGCCAUACACAGCAAUUUCCCGUGUCUCCACAGUCCCGAGUCCACGCCUGCAUCUUUCAUCAAAGUACGGUAUUCCAAUCCAUUUCCACCAGCAGCGAACGAGACAUGCAGAUCCAUACAGAGUACAAAGUACUGACUAAGAAGCACCUACCUUGGCAAGACUUGAGAACCUCAAAGGAAUGCAUACCAUACCACAGUGCCUACCUAAGGUGUCCGUACCAAGGUAAGUUCCGAGUUCCAACACCAACGUCGAGAUAUCUCUUCCAGUACCCAAACUUUGGGCACGCGUCCCUGCGAAAUCAACCAACUACGACCCGACUCAAUACCUUAGACCGCCACUUUCUUGCCUAUCUGCCUACGUUGGCAGUGUACAACGACUUGGGCUCUAUCGACCUCCCGAGACUUCCAGCCAGCCACGCACAACAUGCGUGCCGCCCCCAUUCCUCCGCAUCAUAUCGAGAUACGAAAUCACUGCACAACAAGCGCGACAAGGAAUACAAGCAUAGGAACCUACCGCUGAGACAGCACCGACAUGGGCAAUUCGCAGCCCCAGGCCUCCCCGGGAAGCAUUUCAAUCCUCGCAAACCUGGGGCAGUCGCACUCACUCUCACUCAAUCAACACCUUCUCCUCGAGUCUCCUCCGUUUCUUUCAGCUCUACGACACAGCGUCUGCAGCGAGCUCCAAUUGUCGACCUCGACCCUCCUCCUUUGUCGCCCCUUACUCCGCAUCUCUCGCGCCGUUCCGUUUCACCAAAAGUAAAGGCCCUUCGGCACACCCGCCAUGACGGGUCGAUUUUGUGCCUGUCGCAUCCAUCCAUUGACGAUCCAGCACCUCGGACGUGGGACCCAAUUCGCGUGGCACAUUGUCCAGGGUCUUUGUCCUCCAUCGCCAUCCACGGCCGCCUCGCUCCCAUGAUUUCCCCGGACGAGGCCGAGUGGUCCCUAAAACAUCCCCCGCAGACCAUGUCUCUCCCCGUUUGGUUUCUACGUGUAUCAUUGCAUAUCCCGACACCCAAGAUUCUCAAAAAAGAAUCCAAGGUAACGCAAGAUCCGGGAGCCUACCUAGGACGAAUCCAUCACUUUGCCAUUCAAUGCGCUGAGAGGCUGGCUGCUGCAAUGCCACCUCGAAAAGCAAAGCUGAACAGGCAAAGGAAACGACGAUACGAAUUGUUCGUCCGCGCUCCUGCCCGUGCCACUCGAAUCCUCAUCGACAAUACCUUAGCCCAACACGCCUCGGCUCUCCUCGCACGCGAACCUGGCUCAACUGCCCUGACGUCUUCGGGCCGUCACGCUGGGCCCAGAUCUACACGCCUAGUCCUCGCACCCUUCUUCAAGAUGCCCCUAGAUCAAUUCGAGACGGAGCGAGAUCGACAAAAGGACUCAGGCCCGGAAGACGCUUCUUCUGCUCCACUGCUUCCAAAGUUCCGUACCAAGGAUGACGGCCGCCAAUUCCUUGGUAAUAACCUAGGGUUCGUGAACCCCUAUUUCAGCCCCUGGCUGUCGUCACGAUGCUUGCAACACACAAACCGGUCAACAUCGGCCACUUGUAGCCACACACGGGAGGCGGAUACUCUAUCCCCUAUUUCGAAUUGGCAAAUGGGGCGGGCAAAGUCUAGCGGCCUAAUUUCCAUCUCCCCGCUUGAAUCCAAUAGCUCCGGAUUCUCUGCAACCUUCUUAGGGUCGGCAGCAGAUGCAUCGUCGCACAAAAUCGCCCACGCGCUCUCACGCGCUGUCACACGGCACUCGCCUUGCAUAAAAUGUGCCGGACCCUGGCGUUCCACGCUCCGCAUCCCCGUUCAACAUCCCUGCCGUUCACGAGAUGCGAGAUGGGGGAUGGAGCUUAAUCUUACCCACCGACCGGUGCGCUGCGCCGCCACAGCGAAUGUCCCCGGAGCGGCCCCGACUCGCCAGUUUGCCUUACAAGAUCCUACGGGUCAUUCCGACCUUGCCGAGAGCUUUCUCCAGGAAUACGGAGAUACAACAUUGGCUUUUAAAGACGUUGCAUCAAGUCAACAACCCAAGAAUAUUGCAGGUCACCAUCAGCGCUAUCGAUUGGCCGAUCCGGAACACGAUCCUACCACAAUAGCUCCCUUGAGCCUGUCCAAUGGUGGGUACGAGCAAGGCGAUGGUGGCUUGCACAAGACCGGAUUCUUCGAAGUCGCUCCCCGAAGGCUGCGCAAACUAGGUAACCAAGCCCUGUACGGAUACAAUUAUAGUGGUCACAUUACCACGCUCGACGGUCAACGCGAUGAUCUCAGAAUCACUCCGUUUGCGCCGUUACAGCCGAUGGCUAGAGACCGAGGCUGCGUCGCGUUUCGAGGCAUGCAUCACGACUUCAUUCGGCUAAGGCAUGCAGGGCGCGUUGCAUGGGCGCUGACAUCCCUCCCAAUUUUCUUGUCGAAGCAAAAGCCUUCCUACCGGAACGCCUGGUUCCUAAACACCAAUAACAAGCUUGGCUGCUCCGGCAUAUCGAAGUUACAUUGCGCAGCUCACCGGAGAAGGCGUCUCAUCGUUGUAGGCUCUCGGGCAAGUGCCUGUUCAAUGUCUCGGUCAAGGUUCACAAUUGUCGUUCAAGCCCAGCCAUUGCCGCCAGCGGCCCAGCGCAUCUGGUCUUUGAAUCAGAUAAUAAUUUACCAUUCAGUGGUGUCCCCCAUCUACGAGGUUCCUCAGCUCUCUGCUAUCAUCUCUCCGAACAGGACCGUGUGCUGCAGUCUCUGCGCAUGUGGAAGAUAUUGGAAAUAUCGCCCCGAAAUCAAGACUGAAGGCGACACUACAGGAUAUAUUGUCUACAGCAUAACGUGCACUAACGAUUAUGCUUCAGUUGAGCCACCAGACGGAGCAGCCUCCCAUCAAUGUCUGUUCUUGAUGUUGCGAGCCUGGAAAUCUCUUGAUGUUACUACGUUGACCGUGGAUCUUCUCGCGAUAGCCAUUCUCAUACCACGUGAUCAACGUGACACGCGGAAGAAGGCUACAUAUUCCGCUUAUGCAAGGCGGGAAGCAAACAUCACACAAAUGGGGCCAAGCCGGGGCCCACGACCAUGGUUCACUCGAGGGGCUGUGGUUAACCAGGUAUCACCUUCGAUGUACUCUGUACCAUGCGUGGUACAGUCGCCGGCAUACGCAGCACUCGACUUCCACGAUCGUGUGUCGGCCGGAUUCUUCACGGCGAAGUCAUACGAAGUACUUCGCUUGCAAGCGACGUGA